CCAUCCUCGGCUGUCCCCAUGGCAACAACAUCCAGUCGUGUUGCACGUCACUGCUGUGUUUCCCAUUGUCCACAUAACAUGCUGCUAGCCGGAGACCUGCCUCGUCCCUUGUAGUGAAAACGACCCGGAAAUGGACCGCAGUUUGAAGCGCCGGCAGGUGAAACCACUCGCCGCCUCCCUCUUAGAUGCCUUGGAUUAUGACAGCUCUGAUGACAGUGACUUUGAAGUGGGAGAUGCCUCAGGAUCAGACGGCACAGGCAAUGGCAGUGAUGAAGAAGGGUCUAAAGCGAGUGCUGCAGGUUCAGAAAGUGACUCGGACAAAGCUGCCUCUGCAGAUGGCGGUGUAGGCGAGGAGGAGGCCAAAGACCCGACUGCUGACGACAACUUAACAGAAGAUGAAGAGAAGACCAAACAGCAGCCUUCGUCAGACAGCCCGACCAAAGACCCUGAUGUCACGCCGCUUAAAAGCCGACGCAAGAGCAGGAAAACAUCAGAGCCUGAGCCCACUCCAGCAGCCGAUUCCGCCUCGACUUCCGGGUCUGGCGGCGUGAAUGCUGACGAGAGUCAGGCCGAGCCCAAGAAAUGGAAUUUCCGAAGGAACCGUCCCUUGCUGGACUUCACCACUAUGGAGGAGCUGAACGAGAUGGAUGACUACGACAGCGAGGACGACAAUGACUGGAGACCCACAGCAGGGAAGAAGAAAGGCAAGGCAGCUACCCAAAAAGGAGGCACUGAGGAAGAGGGUGGUGGCAGCGCCAGUGAGGACGACGACGACGACAAUGAUGAUGACGAUGAAGACGAGGACGACGAUGACGACGAUGAUGAUGGGGACGAUGACAAGGAAGAUGGCGAUGACAACAACAACAACAACAACAACAGUAGCAGUGAUACUGACAAAGAGGUGAAGAAGCCCAUGAAGAAGGCGAAGAACACCAGUGCGUUUGAUGAAGAACUUACCAACGACAGCAUGUCGCAGGGAAAGGGCAAUGAGGAUGCCUUGCUGGACCGGUCCCAGACCUGGAGCACCCAGCACAUCCUCAUCUGCUGCGUCUGUCUGGGAGACAACAGUGAGGAUGCAGACGAGAUCAUCCAGUGCGACAACUGUGGGGUCACUGUGCAUGAAGGGUGUUACGGUGUAGACGGCGAAAGUGACUCGAUCAUGAGCUCAGCCUCGGAAAAUUCGACAGAGCCUUGGUUCUGUGACGCCUGUAAGAACGGUGUGACUCCGAGCUGUGAGCUGUGCCCUAACCAGGAUGGCAUCUUUAAAGAGACGGACGCUGGCAGAUGGGUGCAUGUGGUUUGUGCGCUUUACGUUCCUGGAGUAGCAUUUGGAGACAUCGAUAAACUACGACCAGUGACGCUGACAGAAAUGAAUUAUUCAAAAUACGGGGCCAAGGAGUGCAGUUUCUGUGAUGAUGCCUGUUUUGCCAGGACUGGUGUGUGCAUCAGCUGUGAUGCAGGAAUGUGUCGGUCUUACUUCCAUGUGACCUGUGCACAGAGAGAGGGUCUCCUGUCUGAGGCAGCAGCUGAGGAGGAUAUUGCAGAUCCAUUUUUUGCGUACUGCAAACAGCAUGCAGACCGCUUUGACAGGAAGUGGAAAAGGAAGAAUUAUCUGGCUUUGCAGUCCUACUGUAAGGUCUCUCUGCAGGAGAGAGAGAAACAGCUUACUCCUGAAGCUCAGACCUUUGGAAGAGCCGUCCGAGGCAAUUUAGGGUUAAGUGUCUUGCCUAAGGACACUACAGCAUGCGGACUUGGGGGAGCGGGGAUCGAACCGCCGGCCCGAAUCACCACCCGCCUGCAGCAGUACAGGGCAAAGGCAGAGUUGUCCAGGAACACCCGGCCUCAGGCGUGGGUGCCCCGGGAAAAGCUGCCACGCCCUCUGACUUCUAGUGCCUCAGCCAUCAGGAAGCUGAUGAGGAAGGCGGAGCUGAUGGGCAUCAGCACUGACAUCUUCCCCGUGGACACGUCCGACACUAACGCCAGCAUGGAUGGACGCAGGAAACACAAGCAGCCUGCUCUCACCGCAGACUUUGUCAAUUACUACCUGGAGCGGAACAUGCGAAUGAUCCAGAUCCAGGACAACAUCUCCGAACAGAAGAACUUGAAAGACAAGCUGGAGAGCGAGCAAGAAAAACUGCAUGUGGAGUACAACAAGCUCUGUGAGUCUCUGGAGGAGCUGCUGAAUGUGAAUGGAGAGCUGCGGGGUGAAGGCCAUGCCAUGUGGACUCUGCUGGGGGGCAUCCUGGGCCAGAAACUGAACACUCCAGCUGUUCUGAAAGCCCCAAAAGAGAGGAAACCCAGUAAGAAGGAGGGAGGAAGCCCAGGGAAGUCCUCCAGCCUGCCAGCAAUCCUCUACAGCUGUGGCAUCUGUAAGAAGAACCAGGACCAACAUCUGCUGGUGUUGUGUGACACCUGUAAGCUCUACUACCACCUGGGCUGCCUGGAGCCACCACUAACACGCAUGCCCAAGAAGACCAAGAACAGCUACUGGCAAUGCUCUGAGUGUGACCAGGCCAGCAGCGAUGAAGCCGAUAUCGCCAUGGAGACGCUACCUGAUGGCACAAAGAGGUCCAGGAGACAGAUCAAAGGACCAAUCAAAUUCAUCCCACAGGAGAUGUCACCAGAGCCCAAGAAACAACAAAGAACCAGAGGACAGAAGAGGAAGAGGGUUCCGAUCUGCGAGGACAAAGACGAUAAAUCGGAGGAACCACUGCCAAGGGAACGCCGUCAGCGGCAGUCUGCAAUGCAGAAAAGACCCAAAACCGAAGACUCGAGGACCGAGUGCACAACCUGCAAAGGACCGGGCGACAACGAAAACCUAGUGAGGUUGUGAGAGCCGGGGCAGCCACCUCACCUCAACUCCCAUAAAAACUCGGGACAGAUGACCGUUGGCUUAGAGACAGAGAGAGGCAAAUUGAGGCGUUUGAAGAACGGCCGCUCGGGUCAGGCCGAAGAACAAGACCGUCACGUCGCCCCGCAACCAACUCUGAUCCAAACUGGACCAACGACUGUCCAACGCAAAUUGAGCGGAACUGUAUGAAUCUAAAUUAUUAGUUAUAUAUAUAGUUUGGUUUAUGUUGGACCUUGGAGUUUGGAGUAGGAUUUCUCUUUUUCCUUUUUUUUUUUACACAAUUGUGGUUCCAGUUGCAUCUAUGCAAAGGUCUCCACCUUCAAUUUUUUUGACCAAGUAAUAAAAGCGUUUUUCUAUUCCUACAGUCCAUGUGUUAAAACAUUUUGGUGAGUAAACACAAAACUGUGCUGCUUAUGCAACUGUUUCAUACAUAUCUUUCAUUCGACACUGAAAUCUUGUAAUAUUCAUAAGUUUCCAUCGCUGCUCCCUUAAUGUGAUGCAUUUUAUUUUGAAAUAGGAUGUUGGGACCUUACGUGAGUCAGUGGGGGAUCAAUCUUUGGUAUAAUCCAAUGGUCUAAAGGACAGUUUAGGAAUGGAGUCAGGUUGCUAUGAAGUGCAUUCAAUGUGAUGAUACAGAUAGAGGUUUUACAGUUAUGUUAUACCCACCUACUGGACAACAUGAUGUCAGCACCGAAGAUGCACCGGUCUCCAGGAAGGUCCUGACCUUUAAUCCCUUUAUAUAGUCUGGCUGUUGUGCGUGGUUAGUAAUUCCAAGUCUGAUGAACGUCCUGUCUCAUAUGGCGACUUGUUGGUCAUGUUCCCUGCAGUGUCACAAAACUGCUGCACUGCAUCUGACUUCAGACUCCCAACUCACACCUCUCUCUGCCUCUAGGCGCUCACCUUCUUCAUGUGUACAUUUUAAAACACUUCAGAUCAACAGAUUCUUUUUUUUUUUCUUUUUUUUUUAAAUCAUUGCUGCUAGGCUGGUGCUCUGCACUCAUGACCUCCCCGUACGACUCCUCAUCAGUGCCAAACAGUAGUAUUGAUUGAAGUCGUUUACCUCCCAAACACUCUCAAGAAUUCCAGUGGGAAUUUGGGUAAUUGCAGAUGUACUUGAACCUAGGCAGAAUUCCAAGAUGUAAGUGUUGUGCUGUGUUUUUUGUUUUUCUUAAGCGAGUGAAGGACCAGAAGUAUUAGGAGAAGUCAUCGUUUAUGGAAAAGCCAACUCAUUAUGAUCAGUUGUAGCGGUAGAGUGAUGCUGCCAUAAAGCAUCUGUAGUAGAUACAAACUAGUUUACGUAGUGGCAAUAGCGCCUGAAUAUUAGUCCCAAUGCCUUUAGGCGUUUAGAAGUUCCUCUGUCUCCUUGUCUCGAAGUAACAGUUAAAACUGACACGUCCACAGAAAGAACCCCAGCUUUGUCUCCGCGUCCCGAGUGGCCCAUCGUCAGUGCUGUCAAAACAGCUAGACGCCGCUCUGUCAGAGCUCAUGACAAAGUGUCACAUUCUGCCCCCACCUGUCACUCUCUUGCCCGUCCCGGUGCCCAAUACGCAUGCUUUCGGUAGCAGUCAGCCCCAUGCAGUCCUACUGCUUUUUUCUUCUUUUUGUUUCCGCCUCUGGUGUGCGUCCGCGGACAACCCUGCCGCGGGCUUGUCCUCAGAGAUGAGACGCGGACUGACCCGCUGACUCCGGACCAGUCCUCCCCCAUCACUCAUGUUCAGUCGGUCUCAAAGCCCCGGGUGUUAGUCCUACAAUGCAUGGCUGUAUCUUGUGUACCCAUCUGUAUAAUAGCUUCACAUUGAAAACAAGUGACGUGGUCUUGUAGAAGUUGAAUGCCAGGUAGCUGCGAAGUGUGACGACGUGUACAGUAUUUAUUGAAGAGGCCAAACCUUUUUCUCUUUUUUUGUUGUUCUUUUUGUGCCUCCUUACUUGACUAUACGUAUCUCAUAAGCUUGUGUUGUGAACAGAGUUGAACUCUGAUUUGUUUUCGGGUGGAGCCUUGAAGCGACUGCCAUGCUUUCGUUAAAUUUGCCAAACAUUUGUUCACGUUUGUUUACAGAUAUGCUUUUGACGGGAAUAUUUCAGACUUAAUUGUGAACUGUGUUACUGUGAUGCCGUGUGAAGUAAGAAUGUGAAUGUUGCUGCUGUUGUGUAUGUAAAGUGUCUCAGCCUCUGGCCUGUAGCUCUUGGAAAUUAAGCGGGGCUUUAAUAAACUCUUGACUUUUUCACCUUA